UUGAGAGACCAGGUGACAAUGUUCGAAUACCAUACCAAUAAGAUACUUUCUAACUUACCAUCUGCCAAUCUCACGGAUCACAAUUGUCACGAAGAAACCUCUUUAAUUGAAGAGUAAAUAGUUUGAAUUAGGUAAAUAUUUACUUUUGGUCACCAUGCAACCCAUCUCCUUAGCGAAGUACAUUCAGAAAUCUCCCUUUUUGUACAAGCUUUUGAAGCCUGUUUCUCAAGCUUAUAUUAACCUCUCUGGCUACCGUAAAUUUGGUCUUCGUUACGAUGAUUUGACUUUAGAAGAAAACGACGUUGUUGAGAAGGCCUUGAGCCGUUUGCCGGAGCACGAAUCUUUUGAUAGAGUAUACCGUAUCCGUCGUGCCAUGCAGUUGAACAUCGAAAACAAGAUCUUGCCCAAAUCUGAAUGGACAAAGAGUGAAGAAGACACCCUUUAUCUUCGUCCUAUUGUCAAGCGUGUUAUGGAGGAGAAGCAAGAACGUGAGGCUUUCGACUCUCUUAUUGUCGACAGAACUCCCAAGCAAGCAGCUCCCUCUCAUUAAAUUAGGACGAUUAAUAAGAAGUAGGAUCCUUAGCUCCAAUAACCCCAUAAAUACAACAUGAGCAGUAGUAUGCAGUCGGUACCAUUAAGUUUCUUGCUGCCUUCACUUGGAAUUUUUGACUGUUCAUGUACAUAUGCAAGUGGUUUUCCGAGAUUAAGUGAUGCAAUUCUGGCUAUCCGACUUCUUAUCCUUGGUGAUAUAGUAUUCAUUUCCUCCCUUCUCUAUGUACCAGUCUUUAACAUUCUCGUCUUUUGUCUCAGUAUGCAGUCAAUCUUUUGUAUUGCAUUACAAUCAAUAACUAUGAUAGUUUGUAGGUUACGCAAAAGCCAUCUCGGAACUGUUUCGAGAGCUUUCUCAUAUCUCCCCCUUCUUUUAUCCGUCAUCUGAUGACUGUUCUCUUUUUUAAAUAACAGCCUUUUUUCCCCCGA